AUGGACAUCACUCGGUCAGGAAGGAAACGGAAGAGCUCUCUCUCAAAUUCAACAAGCCAGUCACCAAUCUCACGCCGGACUAGACAGAGUUUGGCAGCGGUUCCAGAAAAUGCGGGCCUCAAUCAACAGCAAAAAGCAGUAUCAGUCACACCAAAGAAAUCAAGAAAGAGAGUUCGGUUUUCCGACCCAGGCCCUCGGUUAUUGCAUGAUGAGGAUAUUGGGUCGACCGGCUUGACUCCAGCGAUGCGUCGAACAUCGUUCGAGACAGGAUCUGGGGAUUGCACACCUAGCCGCAAAUCCCGACGCAGGUCUGCCCCAUCACCACGCUUCCAGCGGUCGUAUGACAUGGAGGAGCCAUUUGAUGAAACAUGCAACGAGCGAAGGAUCCAAUUUACUCCGCUGCGCCAAAUCCUGGAUACACGGACGCAGAGAAGAAUUCGGCGAAUCGGAUUGAGUGAUGAAAUCAAUCACAUUGAGCGCGAAAAGCGUGAGACGCGCAACAUGGAAAAGACCAUGCGAGCUUUGCUUCAAGAGCGAGAUUCCCUGAGAGAUGAACUCAGGACCAUGAAACAAGGUGGAAUGGGCUUUGAGGUCCAAGAUUCGGUGGCUGAGUCCUAUUGGAUGACACCCGACACACCCAGAUCUUGCGAGGGAGUAUCAGUGGUUUCUAAUCAUAGUCUGGAUGACGCCACUCCCUAUACGAACGGUGACGGAGAGACCUUCAUGUUCAAUGACAGUGCUGUCAUUGUAUCCAGCUCCCCUGAUUUCCGUGGUACUCGGAGUCAUAAUCCACCCGUCACUGAUAGCUUGAUGCUAUUCGACGAACCCCAAACGCCCGUUCGCGCCACCCAAAUGCAGACUUCAAUCAAUACAGAAAGAUCCGACAUUCAGUCCCUGACCCUUGACCUGGAAGCUGCCAGGCAAGAAAAGAACAACUUGUUCAACGCAUGUCGAUCACGAAUCUCAGGGUUCAAUGACCCUAUUACAAAUAGCCUUUUCCGCCAGUCGUCUCCACCAUCGGACUUCUUUAAGAACAUGAUGACGAUCUUGGAAAAUGCUCUUUCUCGUGCUUCAGAUGCUGCCGAGGCUCUUGAAGGAGUUACCCAAGAAUGCUCCGGCUUAGGAUUCUCCGGGGACGGCGUGGAGGAAGUCAUAUCCGACAUGCGGAACCACUUCCGCUCAGCUCGUCUCGAGCUUGAGCGUGCGCUACCUGGUGAAACUGCCAAUGUCGGUCUCGAGGACGGCAAGGCAACUCUAGGUGCGCUGGUGAGGCGCGUUGAGUCACUGGCAAAAGAUCUGGGGACAGAGCGCCAUUAUCAUAACGGCUCCCUCGGCCGGGAAAGGGCUCUCCGGGGGCAAUUUGAUGCUUUACUACACCGAUAUGAGGCAGCUGCAAGCAAAAUUGACACUCUCGAAGAUUCAAUCGCAUCUUCCGCGAGCGAUAUGCUCCACACGCGGAUGCGAAUGCAAGACCUCGAGCGUGAAGGCCAAGAGCAGGCCAUUGGGAUUGACAGAUUAAGCACAGCCCUCGACAAGUAUCAUUAUGAAGUGAAGGGACUCGAAAGUCUUAUCGACAAUCUUGAAAAGGAGAACACGGCUACAAAGGAGGACUACACCCAGCAGAUAUCGAAGCUCAAGAAACAAGUGGCACAUGAACGCUCAAAACGCUGUUCGGCCGAGGCUACUGCCUCUGAGUCCGAGUCCCGCAUCCGAGAAUUGGAGGAAACGGUCGAGCACAAUCGAAUUCGGGCUUGCGACUUGAUGGCUCAGGUGGAGCUUUUUGAGAAGGAAUACGAAAGAGCCAUCGAGACCCUUGAGCAAAACACCAGUGAAUCUCAAAUGCACGAAGCAGAGACUGGGACUCUCAAUGUUCGCAUCUCAGACCUCACCACAUCAUUAUAUGGUGCCAAAUGUGAAAUGCAGCGUCUUCAGAAUGUCAACACCGGCCUUGAAGAACAGCUUCAGUUAGAAGUCGAAGCUCGAAAUGAACUCUUGGACAAGUGGGCCGCAGAUCAAGUGCGAUCAUUCGCCCACAUGAAGGAGACUAUCAACUCGGAACGUCGCAGAGCCAAGGUUCGUGCGGCCAAUUGGGAAUUGAAAUCGGACGAUCUCAUGUCAGAUGGCACUACAAUUGGCGGUGGGAGUGAGCCAAUUACACCCGUUAGCGCCCGAUAUGUUGAUGUCGAAGUUGGCCGUGGCAAGGACCGGCGACGUGUGGAUAGUGUCGAGAUCUCGGCGGAGGGACUGGAGAAUGACCUUUCGGAUGCCAACAGCGAUGUCGGAUGCAAUAUCCAUCUUCCCGCAUUGGAUUUGGCUUAG